UCAGGUUAUACCCUUACAGGUUAAGUUAUUUAAUAAAUGAAAAUAAACAAUUGUCAGUUACGUUACUCAGUUCCAUGAUUACGAUGCAUUCAAAAUAACGUAUUUUAAAUUACGAGUCUAUGGCGUUAAAAUAAUUUUUUAAACAGUUUGUGAAAAGAGAGGGAGAAAUAAAUUAAAGUUAAAAUAUAGACAUAGACAGACAUUUAAUCUUUUUAACUCUCUCGGACUUAUGGUGUCGCGUAGACAGUAACAGAGAAACGAUGAAAAGUGGGUGCUGGAUAAAUGUGGGGGACACUGAGUGAGAUAAUGUGAGAGCGUGGGAGACUAGAGUGUAUAUAUAUCUAUAUAUAUAUAUCCAAUAGAUGGUUGGGAGUUGGAUAUGGAGUUUGAGUACAGAGCGGGAGCGAGAGCGAGUAAUGGUGGGGACAAGGGCACAGAGGUUUGUUUAUCGCUUAGUGAACGGGAAAAGAGAAUUCGCGAGUCAGUCAGUGCGGUGCUUUCGUCCGUGUACGGUCGGGCGCGUGCUCUCUCUUUUUUCUUCAUCUUGUAACACAUCCUGUUUAUAUAUAUAUGUAUAUAUACAUAUAUUAUUAUAUUAUCCGAGUCUAUAUUCCGGUUUUUUAAAAAAUAUAAACGGUUAACUUUAAACUUUCGCGUACGCGUUUUAUAUAUCCAUAUAAAUAUAUAUCCAUAUAUUGUCGUGUUGUAAUUAUCAGUGAGUUAAAAGAUACAUAUGAAUAUUUAAACUCUUAUUUAAAUUCAAAUGUGUGUCAAUGACGCACAAAUAUAUUUGUCAAAUUAAUAAUUAUUAUUCGUGCAUCGGGAUAACGUUCAUUUAAACGUAGAUACGUUAAUUUAUGUUUUUUAAAUUAUGGUGUAAUGACAAGUUAUUGUGAUAAUUAUUAUUUAAAUCAUAAUUCUUAUUUUUGGAAUUUAACAUUUAUUUGGUUCGUCGUGAUAUAAAACUACAUCGGAUAAAAAUUUUCAAUAAAGUAAGAAAAUCUCAGAGUAGUUUCAAUGAAAAUUUUUUCAAUUGAAAUAAAAUUUACCGAAGUAAAUAGAAAGAGGGAAUCGAAAAUAAUAUUUUCGUCAAGAAUAGAAAGAAGAAUAAAAUAAAAAUAAAUAAACGAGUAUUGCGUAAGUCAAUUUUUAACUGAAUGACUCAAAGAUCCCAUAAAAUCUAGUCACGUUCAGACGAUCUUCAGCUUGUAAAAGCUAAAAUAGUAAAGCUACAGUAAAGCAAACGUCUUAGAGUGUGUCCGAAGUUGUUACUGAGUAGUUGUAGAGAAUAGCAACGAUAAAGGAUUUUCUAGUAGAAUGAGUUCUGAAGCGGCGAUCCUGGGGCUUGUGUUGCUCGUUGCUAUUGUUGGGGCAAAUCGUGUACUCGAUACCAGUAGGCCCACAGAGACCAAAAUUCAACGACCUAGAGUUAUCUACAAUAAUCACUUUGCUAUUCACGUACCCGAUGGACCAGAGGCUGCAGCUGCGAUAGCUAGUAAACAUGAAUUCGAUAUCGUAGGCCAGAUUGGCCCUCUGAAAAAUUAUUACCUUCUUACUCACAAAAAUGUCCACAAACGGUCCCUGGACACCAGCGAACAUCAUCAUAAACUUUUGCGAGACGAGCCUCAAGUACAAUGGUUUCAACAACAACAUGAGAAACGUAGAAAAAAACGUGACUACCAAAUUCCAUCUUCUUUUAGCUUCAGUGAUUAUCCGAGCUUCUUUGACGAUUUUACAGCAACGAGACAACGUCAGUCUUUUCACCAUCAACGUAAUCGAGGUGCACCUCUGCAAAAUUUAUUCACGGAUCCGCUUUUUAAAGAGCAAUGGUAUCUGAAUGGAGGAGCGAAGGAUGGUUUUGACAUGAAUCUCGGGCCAGCUUGGCAAAAAGGUUAUACAGGCAAAGGAGUGGUCGUCUCAAUUCUAGAUGAUGGAAUCCAAACAAAUCAUCCCGACCUUGCACUUAACUACGAUCACGAAGCUAGCACAGACAUCAACGACAAUGAUGACGACCCAAUGCCUCGUGACAACGGUGAUAAUAAACAUGGAACUCGAUGUGCUGGCGAAGUGGCUGCUGUAGCCUUUAACCAAUAUUGUGGCGUAGGAGUUGCUUACAAUGCCAGCAUUGGAGGAGUACGAAUGCUCGACGGUCCGGUAAAUGAUGCUGUUGAAGCGAGAGCUUUAGGUCUCAAUCCCGAUCACAUUGAUAUAUAUUCAGCGUCCUGGGGUCCUGAAGAUGACGGUAAGACCGUUGAUGGACCCGGUCCAUUAGCAAGAAGAGCUUUCAUCUAUGGAGUAACUAGUGGCCGUAAAGGUAAAGGCUCAAUCUUUGUCUGGGCGUCGGGUAAUGGUGGCCGUCAUACAGACUCAUGUAACUGCGACGGUUAUACAAACAGUAUUUUCACAUUGUCAAUAUCAAGUGCAACACAAGGGGGAUAUAAACCAUGGUAUCUAGAAGAGUGCAGCUCAACAUUGGCUUCAACAUAUUCGUCUGGUACUCCUGGUAAUGAUAAAAGCGUUGCAACUGUCGAUAUGGAUGGUAAAUUACGACCCGAUCAUAUAUGUACCGUUGAACAUACUGGUACAUCAGCAUCAGCACCUCUUGCUGCUGGUAUUUCUGCAUUAGCACUUGAAGCUAAUCCAAGUUUAACGUGGCGAGAUAUGCAAUAUUUAGUUGUAUUAACAUCGAGAUCUGGACCACUUGAAAAAGAACCGGGUUGGAUACUCAAUGGAGUGAAACGUAAAGUUUCACAUAAGUUCGGUUACGGGUUAAUGGAUGCGGGUGGAAUGGUCAAUCUUGCUGAACAAUGGACAAAUGUGCCGCCUCAGCAUAUUUGCAAAUCUCAAGAGAUCAAUGAGGAAAGACCUAUAGAUUCAUCCUUCGGUUAUACUCUCAGUGUUUACAUGGACGUAAGUGGCUGCGCUGGGACUAUUAAUGAGGUCCGUUUUCUUGAGCAUGUUCAAUGCAAGGUAUCAUUAAGAUUUUUCCCUCGGGGAAACCUUCGCCUGUUGCUGACCUCACCAAUGGGCACUACCUCAACAUUACUUUUCGAACGACCAAGAGACGUACUCAGUUCCAAUUUUGAUGAUUGGCCAUUCCUGAGUGUACAUUUCUGGGGUGAAAAGGCUGACGGUCGUUGGACAUUGCAGAUCAUCAAUGCUGGUACAAGACGAGUCAAUUCACCUGGAAUACUGAAGAAAUGGCAAUUGAUAUUCUACGGCACGGCCACCAAUCCCAUUAGAUUACGAACUCGUCAAUUUAAUCCGGUACAUCAUCAGUCGUAUUAUUCUUCAUACAAUCCCUCUGAAUUAUCCUUCCCGCACGAUCGCUCAUUGGGGGGAUCAGAUCAACACAACGAGUUCGAUUUUCGUCAAUCUGUCUUUCAGAAUUAUCCAGGUGCUUACGCGGGUGCUGCCUCCAAUAUCCAAGCAUCAGUCGCAUCUUUAGACGGUUCAUCAGCAUCAAUUCUCACCAACCGAUUACCUGGUGAUGUCUCCGAUGAUAUAUCAAGAUCACUACAGGGUUCCCUAGAUCCAUCUAAGCGAGUUCUACAUGACUGCGAUCCACAGUGUGAUCAUCAAGGAUGUUAUGGAACAGGUCCAACAGAGUGUAUUGCCUGUAAAACCUAUCGACUUGAUAAUAUGUGCGUAAGUCGUUGUCCGCCAAGAAGUUUUCCAAAUCAAGGUGGCGUCUGCUGGCCCUGUCAUGAAUCAUGUGAAACAUGCGCUGGCGCUGGCCAAGACUCUUGUCUAUCAUGUGCUCCAGCUCACUUAAGAGUUACCGAUCUUGCAGUUUGUCUUCAACAAUGUCCCGAAGGUUAUUACGAAAAUAGUGAAAAUUCUACAUGUGUACCAUGUGAAGCCAACUGCGCAAGUUGUCAAGAUCGUCCUGACCACUGUACAACGUGCGAUCAUCAUCUCGUAAUGUACGACAAUAAAUGUUACGCCGCAUGUCCACUUUACACAUACGAAACACAAGAUUAUAAUUGUGCGCCAUGUCAUCAAAAUUGUGAAACAUGUAAUGGCACUAGAGAAAAUCAGUGCAUCAGUUGUAAGCCAGGAUUCUUUUCACUAAACGGGAUGUGUCAAAGCUCAUGUCCAGCGGGUUAUAGCGCUGAUAAAAAAAGACGGGAAUGUAUGCCCUGUUCACUUGGAUGUGCCACCUGUAUUACAUCAAGCUGCACUAGUUGCAUUGAGGGAUGGAGUAUCAGUAAAAAAGGCAUAUGUGCACCCGAUAGCCGCAGUAAGUGUGAGGUUGCUCAAUACUAUGAAGUGGAUAAUUGCAAGCCGUGUCAUUCGAGUUGUGAAACGUGUGCUGGACCUAGUGAAGAUUUUUGUACAUCCUGUGCAAGCCCAUUGUUACUUCAAAGCCGGCGUUGUGUUGCACAGUGUGAUGAUGGUUAUUAUUCAUUAGCCCAACCAUCUAGGCCAAUUUGUUCGCCGUGUCUCCACACCUGCAAAACUUGUGUAUCACGACUUAAUUGCACAGCGUGUCAAGAGGGAUUGCAAUUACAAAGCGGGGAAUGUAGAUCAUCGUGUGCGCAAGGAUACUACAGUGACCGCGGUCAGUGCGCCAAGUGUUAUCUCUCGUGUAAAACAUGCUCAGGUCCACGUAGAGACCAGUGUGUUAGUUGCCCACAAGGUUGGCAACUGGCUGCCGGUGAGUGCCAUCCAGAAUGCCCGGAGGGGUUCUUUAAAUCAAAUUUUGGCUGUCAAAAAUGCCAUCAUUAUUGCCGUACUUGCAAGGGUGAAGGCCCUCUUGAGUGCACUUCCUGUCCAGCUCAUUCAAUGUUAGAGGGUGGGUUAUGUAUGGCUUGUCUUGGCGCACAGUAUUACGAUCCUUUGACACAAUUAUGUAAAAAUUGUCAUGGUGAUUGUCGACGUUGUACGGGUCCGGGUAAAUUUAGUUGCGCUGCUUGUACUUUACCGUUGCACUUUGAUAAACUUAAUAAUCAGUGUGUGCCAUGUUGUCCGACGACCAAGAAAAAGUCUGACACCGAUGAAUGUUGUGUUUGUGAUCCAGAAACUGGUGGCUGCAGGAACAGUUCACCUGCUGGUAAAAGACGUGUACCUGGUAGUGAAAUUUCUGGUGAUACGAUACCACAAUUCGAUACUGGAUUUGAAAGUCUCAAUAGUGAUACGAAAGAUCAUAAUGCUAAUUAUGCUGUUACUGCAGCGACUAUGAUGGCCGUUGCUAUUUGUGUUGCCUCGGUUGCCUUAUUUGUAGCCAUUUUUGUCGCCUUACAGGCUGUAUCAAGAAAACGUGAGUCAACAAAUGGAUAUACAAAACUGGCGAUGAGAGUUGAACCAUCAGAUGAAAUAGAAGUUGAUGAUAUGACCGAGCUUAUGACUUAGAUCUAAUUAAUGAAGAAAUAAUUAAACGUAAAGGAACUUUCCAAAUCUUGGAAAUAAAAACUCAUCAAGUGACAUAUGUGCUUUCUCCUCAUCGUGUAAUAGUGAAAAAAAACACAAAUAAUUACACCGUAAAACGUUAAAUUAAUUUUUAUCAAACAAUGAUAAAAUGCUAGAUAUUUUUUUUUUUUUUAAGUGAGGAGAAUAAAUGAUAAUUAAACUUGUCUGCAUGUAUGUAAUGUAAGAGAGUUACUGUUAAUGAUCGAAUAUUAAGAAACGAAUGGGUUUGUGUUUAUAGUGUAAACAAAAUAUUAAACCAAUGAUUAUAUGAAGAAAAAAAAAAGAAACGAAAAGAACAAAAUAAUGUGAUUCACUUAGAGGCAAUUAUUGUUGAGUGUAAUUGACAUUUGUAACUCGCACAAGAGUGAUUGAGGGAUAUCGUAAAGUGCCUGAUUAGUGAUACCCACACCAUUCUUCAAACUUACUCGACUAUUCUUUUAUAUUUUUUAUUUCCUCUUUCGUAAAGAUAUUAAAAAAAAAAAAUUGUUUUAUAACUCGCGGAAUUUAUUUUAAAAAUAUUUUUCUUAUUUUAUUAUUUAAAUAAAUAACGCGCUAAAUAAUUAAAUUUACUUGUGCAUAAGUGAACUGUUUCUUCAUUCAACAAACAUCGAAAAAUUCAAACUAAAAAUUUAAAAGAAAAAAAUAAUAAUAACAAGUAUCAGGCAUUUAUUAAACACGGCUAUAUAUAUAUAUAAAUAUACAUAUAUACCCGGGUAAAAAAAAUCGUUUCAAAAAGAUUCCGGAAAAUUUCAACAUGUGGAACUUUGAGUGAAACUUUUUUUGAACUUUUGUAAUUUUAAUAGUAAAAAAAAAAAAGUUUACUAGGAUUUUAUAUGAGCGAAUUUUGUGUUGUUAAAGAAACAUUUUGCCCUCGUUUCAAAAAAGUUUGAAAACCUCUAAUUUGAAAGUUUUCAUGAACGUUUAUUUAUUCUUAUGGGGCUAUUGGUUUUUAAUGGAAACUUUUUCGGAAUAAGGGUAAAAUGUAGUAAAAAUAUGAUUUAAAAAAUCUCUUUUUUGACUCAAAAUUUGCUCAUAUCAAGUCCGACACAAACUUAUUUUUUUACUAUCAAAAUUACAAAAAAUCCACUCGAAAUUUUAAUCUGUGUCGAGUUUAGAAAUUUCAUAUGUCGAAUUUUUUUUACACGGGUAUAUAUUAGCCAAAACUUUCGCCUCUGGAAUCUAAUAUUAUUAUUAAUUAUUAAGAAUCUUGUACAUUUGUAUAAAAAAAAUAACAAAAAACAACAAGACAAAAAAUUAAAAAAAAAAAGUAUAAAAUAAUUUAAUAUUAUAAAAGGUACCGUAAAAAAAAAAUAAUAAAUAAAUAAAACAUGAAUGUAUGAGAAAAUUUUAUAAAAUGGACAAAUAAUCAGAUAAAUAAAUAAAAAAAAACAAUAAUAAUAAGAAAAUCUGAUUAUUUGUUUAAUAAAAUUAAAUUAUACAUUCCUAAACAUUUUCAUAUCUUUUAGAGAUUACACAUUUAAAUUUUGUAAACAUUUGUUCUUUAAAUAUUUUAUUUUGUCAUUGAUAUAUAACAUUUUUUUUUUAUAUAUAUAUUAUACAUAAAUUAUAUAUUCAAAUAACAACUUGUUCCGUUUUUUUUAUUUUAUUAAUUUAAUAAUUUUAUUAUUUAGAAGACUAGAAUAAAGAGAAAAUAUGCGAUCGUUGAUAUCGUUGAUUUAAAGUAAAAUAAAUUGGAACUCUUUGAUGGUGCGUUGUGUCAUCGCACCAGCUAUGUGAAUAUUGGAUUUUGCCUUGUGAUUUGAUAUAACACCAUACUUUUAUGAUAUACGAUUAAUACUAUAUAAAUAAAUGAACUUUUUUAAAUUAAUUUUCUUUGACAUGUAAAUUAACAUAAAAAAAAAAUAAAAAAACAUACAAUUUAUUUUAUUUGGAAUGAUCAAGAAAAACUAUAAUUAUAAUUAAAUAGGAUAUUGCGUGACGAGGGAUGAAACAAGACGAUUUCAGACGAGAGUGAAAUUUACUAUCCGCGUCAGUGCGGGCUGACCACCGGAAGUCUGAAAUCGUGUUUUAUCUCGUGCCACGUGCGAUAUUUUUCAUAUUAUCUGCAUUAAUACCGGGAGUUUUAAUCUCAGGAUUCUGUCGAAGCAAAACAAUGUCUGAUAGCGCCGCAAAAAAAUUUUGUACUUUAAAUAUGAAAAUUCUAGUAAUUUAACAAGAAAAAUGAUCAAUUUUUUUUUUUUUUUAUUGAAACUCAAAUCAUUUUUGGAAUUUUCCAAACACAAUUACCAGUUAGGUUGGUUGUUAGGAUGACAUAAAUAUUUGGUGGUUCACAAUAAACGAAUGCGACUUUAAUGGGGGUGAAAUCAAGUCAGAAACUAAGGGGAUGUUCAGAAAAACACUGGAGAUUGAUAAAUAUAAAAUCAGAUAAUUAAUAAAGAAUACCUGAUACUGUUAGAUUUACCUCCACACCCUGGUAAGAAAAUCUCAUAGAAUCCAUUAGAUUCUCAUAAAUUCCUAUAGAAAUUUUAUAAGAAUGAAUGAGUUCUAUGAGAAAUGCUAUAGUUAAAUAUAGGGCUUUAUACAUACAGCUAUAAGAAUCUAUCAGAUGUUUUAAGCAGGGCAGAACUUAUGAACGCACUAUGGUACACGGAAAAAAAAUAAACUUAAAAUAUUAGUGUUUGAAAUUUAGGUAAUUUUAACAUUCUAAACAAUAAAUUUUGUAAUACGUUUCAUAUAUUUUUAAUAUUUAAGUUACGAUUUUUAAAGUUCAAAUAUUAAUUUUUAAAUCAAUAAUUAGUGUUUUUAAUGUACUGUCCAUAUACCUGCUAUAUGUCAUUUAUUAAUUUUUCCGCAUACACAAUACAUUUUUCACUAUGCCUGCACCGAAAGUUCAAAUUCCUGUCCUAUCUAAAGGAAAGGAAAUCAUUAUUUUCUUUUAUGAGAAAAAAAAUGAUUAAAAUUAGCGCAUGCGCUAUUCUUCCUGUAAACAGGUGCAAAAAUUUCAACUUUACGGUGCAGAUUUGGUGAAAAAUUGUAUACACACACACAGAGGAAAACAGGACGUCCCAAUCCGCGAGUUUGCCAUAGGCAAUUCUACACGUGGAAUGUCUUACUUUCUACCCUUGGUGUAUAAUGUACUAAUUAAUCUUUAUUCUAUAAUUAUUUACGUUUCAAUUAUAAAUUAAAGAAUAAAUUUACUGAUCACUAUCAUUAGAUUUCUUGUCGGUUCUCAAUUUAUAUAGUUUAUUUUUUUUCGUGUAGUCGAAUCAUUUCUCUGGUUCAACCAGAUAAUAUUUGUGAGCGUAGAAGUUGCACCUUUAUCUUCCAGAGUGGAUUUCUGAACAUACCCUAAUUUACCAGGCAGAAAAUAAUGAGUUUUUUUCACUAAGAAAGAAACCGAUCAGUUUCUAUCCCCUCAAUCGUGUUGGUCUGAAAUUGGCGCGUUUUAACUGAUAAUACAGGCAUUGAAACUCAAAUUUUAAAUGCAGGGAAUAUGAAAAAUAUUUAAAAUUAUUCACGACAUUGUAACCUUAAUAAUUCAUUUUUUUUGUUAAUCAAUUCCUGAUAGACUUCAUUCCAAGGACCAGCAAUUAUAUUCAUUAUUUUUUCUCCCCGAUCAAUGAGAUCCUGACUAUUUUUUAAAGUAUCCCUGCAAAAAAAAAGAAAAUAAAUAAAUUUAAAAAAAUGAAUGAAUUAAAAUUUUUAUAAUUUUAUAAUAGUAAUAGUAUCAAAAUUAAAUUAUUAAUUAUUAUUAUUAAUAUUAUUAUAAAUAAAAAAACAAUUACUUGUAAAUUGAAGAUUUGAAAUUGUCAUUAUUAUGUUGCAAAUAUUGUAUACUGACAUCUGUGAUCUUAUUAAUUUCAUUAGCGACUUCAAUACUUUCAUUUCCAAAUUUUAUUUCAACGACAGUGAGACUUUUUUCAAGAUAUGGCAUCGAGUCUAACCAAUUACCCAUCAUUAUAUUAACUUUUGCUAAAGUAUCAAGUGUUAUUGCUAUGUCAUCAUGAUAUUUAUAUAACCAUUUUUGUCGAAUAUUUAAACAACGUUUUAAAUAAUCAAUUGCAUCUUUAUUUUUUCCUAUCUGUAAAUAAUCCUGGGCUGAUGCAAAUAAAUCAUUUGCUGUUUUUAAUUCUGUCUGUACUUUAAUGUCUAUUUUACUUGACACAUUGCAGUCCAAACAACGAGAUAAAUGGGUUGUAGACUUUUCCAACGGUCCAUUACAUUUUGGACAUUGAACAGCAUCAAAUCGAUCC